GUGUGUUGGGGGUGACAGAGAGCAUGAGGUGGAAAGAAGCUGCUGCUCAGAGCUGUGCUGGAGGGAAAGGCUCCAGGCCCAGGAUGGGGCAAGGCGGGGGCUGUGUGGCCAGACGCAGGAGAAGCCUCAGCAGAGAUAGGAAGUCGGGAGCCAGGCAGUUACUGACCAGAGGACGUUUCUAUAGAGAUCAGGGAACAGGAAGCACAGGGCCUGGGGGGAGGGGGCGCUGGGAGUGCAGAGGUGCCACGGCCUGGCUGGAGAGCUUGUCAGAGAAUGUCUGUCAGCCUAACAGCCGCCUCAGGCUAACAAGGAAACUGAGGCCAGGAGGAGACAGCUUUGCACAUAGGCUUGGCCUCGCCUGCCUUGUUCACUGAGAGUGACUGCUCGAUGGGAAGGCAGUCGAGGAGGCCUCUGGACAAAUGCAGACUUGGGGCUGCCCUGGCAGCAUGCAGGACAGGGCACAGGGAUCGCCUGUGAGCUGCCCCUUCUGCCCCCUCAUGUUGUGAAGGGUUGCAGGCAGGUGACCUCUUCCACCUGGCUCUUCUUGCUAACCUGGGUCUGGAGCAGCCGGCUGGGCCCAGCCCUCACUGCAUCCCCUCCCCCACGCUGACUGUGGCCUUUUGUUUUCUGGGUGACACCAGCAUCAGGCGGUGUGUCCGGGUGACUAAUCUCCUCCAGGCUGGGCAGCUGUCACAGGGCAGCCUGACCAGGCUGGCGGGGAAAGCCGACACCCUGGGGGAGUGCUGGCAAGCCGGCGCCCUGGCAGUGGUGCAGACGGGAUGCAGGGCAGACCCCUAACCAGCCCAAGGCAGGCCAGCCCAGGGAGUGCGGGCACAGGCAGGCAGGCAGGCUGGGCUUCUGGUCCCGGCUCAGCCCCUGCCCAGCUCGGGCAUGUUAUUGCACCUCUCUGAGCCUGGGUCUCCUCAUCUCUACAGUUAAGCUGUUGGUCCUACUUACCUCACGGGGUUCACGGGGUUGUCAUGGGGACCAAGUCAGAUGAGCUGACCUGGCACACAGUAGGUGUUCAGUAAACGUGAUGAUCGUUUUCCUAUUGCAUUUCCCCCUCUUAGCCCAUCCCACCUUAGCCCAUCCCACCUUAGCCCCACCUCGUGGGCCUAGAGGAAGAUGUCUUAGGCCGCACCUGUCUCUGGAGCGCCAGGGGCAGGCUUUUGGUCAGGUAGACUUGGGCUCUAACUUUGGCUCUGCUGCGGACUAGCUGUGGUCUUUGGGCAAGUUACUUCUCUGCACCUCAGCUUCCUCAUCAGGAACGCUGCAUGAUACAGAACCUAUUCCUUAAGGUUGUGGUAACAGAAAAUGAUAGAAAUGUUUGCAGAGGCCUCGGCCCGGUGCCCGAUACGGUGAGCACUCAGGGAACGUUAGCCCUGAUGAGAUGGCUUUAGGAGGCAGCCAGGAGCCCUCUGUCCACACCUGCUCUCCUGCCUGCUCUGAGUGGUGUAGUGAGAAUGCUGUGUGGCCCUUCUCCCUGUCAUCUGCAGGGGCUGGGGCCUGUAAAGGCAGGAUCAGGAGCCUGGCAGACCCCAGCUUCCCCAAGCACGGCCGCCUCCACUGCUCACUCAACACGGGUGCCCAGACACUGUGACCCCGUCCCCGUCCCCCUCCCCAUCUCCUGUCCCUGCACAGGGCUUGGGCCUGGGGCUGCCUGCCCUGACCCACAGGGCUCAGUGUCAAGUUAGAGACAGUGGGGUGUGUGGGAGGAGUGGGCACUAGACGUGCAGGCCAAGCCCGACUCCUUGACCCCGUUAGCUAGACCUAAAUCUCCCCCCCCCCCCGCCCACCGCUUGUCCAGGGCACCCACCCACCAGACCUAAUGGCUUCCAAACCCUCGGCAGGCAGAGGUGUUUCUGCUGGCAGCUGCAGGUAGCCCUGACCCCUGGCUGCGAUGUGGGCCUCCUUGUGGCUUCUAGGGGCACAUAGGGCAUCCCUGACCCUUACCAGGCUUCCUGCCUGUCUCCAGCUUUUAGGGAAAAGUAAGGGCACAGGACCCUGGUGCUGUGAAGAAGGGGCAGGCAGGGAGUAGGUGAGCUGGUGAAGGCAAUGGAGCAUGGGUCCCCCAGAACAGGGCAAGGGGGGGUGGUUUGAGCACAGAUGUCCCCAUGGGUGGGUGGGGGGAGUGUGAUCUGGGUAGCUUGGUGUUGGGAAUUCCAGGAGUUGGGCUUCCAGCCCUCAGGGGCCCUAGGAGGCUGUGCAGUUCACAGGCUCCCUUCACGGCAGAGCUAGAAGGGUUUGCAAUUUGCAGACACCACCCAGUGCUUGACCCGUGCGCCACGCCUCUAAUGUCAGGAAGGUGAGAAGUCUGUUGGCCCCUCAGACGUAGGUGUGCACCCACCCAGAAUCCAGACUGCUUUUCUUCGGGUGCAAGCCUCUUGUUGCUUCCCAGUCUUCCUGAGUGAAGACUGAGGUGGCUUCUCUCCCUGUGGAGUCACCUCUUCCCCUAGCGGGUCCUUGGUUCUCCAAGGACCUUAUUUCCCCAGGGUCCUUGGAUCUCUAAGUCAAACAUUAGACCCUUCCUGUUUGUGGGUACCACCCUCAGCCUGACCCCAAGACUGGGGCUCAGAGAGUCUGGGGUCUUCUCAGAAUCAAGUUCCUUCUCUGAGGGCCUCGUUUUAUUACCAUGGCUUGGUUAAUGCCAUGUCCCGUAGGAAGGCACCUAACCUGCCCCAGGUUGGAGGCAAAACAAAGGCCGGAUGAGAGGGAAAGCCUUGCCCUAGGCCCCAGGUCUGUCCAGGCAGACUCUGCACUGGAACUAGGAGCUCUCAGCUUCCUUUUUCUUUUCUUUUCCAUCAGCUUCUGGUAAGGGAGUUGAAGUCCUUUUGCCCCAAGGGCUUUCUGGGUUAUGGUGUCUGGACAGGGGGAGCCAGGGAGGGUAGCUAGAAGCCAUCCUACCCAUUAUCCUGGGGCAGCCUAGGAGUAUCACCUGGGAAGCACGUCAGCCAGUGCUUCCCGCGGCUGGAAAUGUAGGCUUCCCUGAGAAUUCCCCGGGAACCCUAAACGGAGGCCAGACACCGCAGUCCUUCCUCCCUCCCAAGAGGCCCUUCUCUGCUCACAGGGCAGAGGCUGUGCAGAUGAGCCAUGGCCCAGCCCAGCUCCUGAUGCCCCCGGUCUCUGUGCCAACAGCCACUGCCUACCCCUGCCAUGGAGACCUUCUUUAGGAGACACUUCCAGUGGAAGGCGCCAGGCCCCGGAGAGGGGCAGCGGCGGCCCAGUGGUGUAGGGUUGCCCACGGGCAAGGCCCGGCGCCGCUCCCCUGCCGGCCAGGCCUCUUCCUCACUGGCCCAGCGGCGCCGCUCCAGUGCAGAACUCUUGGGCUGCCUGCCGGGCUGCGGGGUGGGGCCCCGGGGUGCCAGCCGCCGGCGAUCCAGCACCGCACCCCCUGCCUGCAACCCCCGCUUCGUCGUGAAUGAGUUGCCCCCUUCCCAGCCUGCCACUAUGGGGGCCCAGCUCCUGGGCACACCCCUGCUGCUGGCCGGGCUCGUGGGCAUGAGUGAGGAGGAGGAGGGGGUCCAGGAGGAGGAUGUGGCAGCUGGGGCAUCGAGUGCCACCCAGCCAGGCACCAACAGACCUGGGCUGCCCCCACACCUGGGUACCUGGCCGCCGCUGCCCGUGCCCCACUGCCUGCGCUGGCGCCAAGCCUCUUCGCAGCUGCUCCCUGCUGAUGUGGUGUAUGACCGCGCCCUCUGGGGCCUGCAUGGCUACUACCGGCGCCUCAGCCAGCGACGGCCCUCAGGCCAGAACUCUGGCUCUGGGGGCCGAACAGCCUUGGGUGGCCCCAUGUCGCCUACCCGCAGGCGCUCACUGUCCUGCAGGCGCCAGAUAGCCCUCCGGCGCAAGUCGGCGAGACCCCAGGCCUGGAGCGCCCUGCUUAUGAAAGCCAUCACCAAGUCGGGCCUCCAGCACCUGGCACCCCCUCCACCCACUCUCGGGGCCCCGUGCAGCGAGUCAGAGCGGCAGAUUCGGAGCACCGUGGACUGGAGCGAAUCAGCAACCUACGGGGAGCACAUCUGGUUUGAGACCAACGUGUCGGGGGACUUCUGCUAUGUUGGGGAGCAGUACUGUGUAGCCAAGAUGCUGCAGAAAUCGGUGUCCCGGAGAAAGUGUGCAGCCUGCAAGAUCGUGGUGCACACCCCCUGCAUCGACCAGCUGGAGAAGAUAAAUUUCCGCUGCAAGCCGUCCUUCCGUGAAUCAGGCUCCAGGAACGUCCGUGAGCCAACCUUUGUGCGACACCAUUGGGUGCACCGGCGGCGCCAGGACGGCAAGUGUCGGCACUGCGGGAAGGGCUUCCAGCAGAAGUUCACCUUCCACAGCAAGGAGAUUGUGGCCAUCAGCUGCUCCUGGUGCAAGCAAGCAUACCACAGCAAGGUGUCGUGCUUCAUGCUGCAGCAGAUUGAGGAGCCAUGCUCGCUGGGGGUCCACGCAGCCGUGGUCAUCCCACCCACCUGGAUCCUCCGUGCCCGGAGGCCCCAGAAUACCCUCAAGGCAAGCAAGAAGAAAAAGAGAGCCUCUUUCAAGAGGAAAUCUAGCAAGAAAGGGCCUGAGGAGGGCCGCUGGAGACCCUUCAUCAUCAGGCCCACCCCAUCCCCCCUCAUGAAGCCCCUGCUGGUAUUUGUGAACCCCAAGAGUGGGGGCAACCAGGGCGCUAAGAUCAUCCAGUCCUUCCUCUGGUAUCUCAAUCCCCGACAAGUUUUUGACCUGAGCCAGGGAGGGCCCAAGGAGGCGCUGGAGAUGUACCGCAGAGUGCACAACCUGCGGAUCCUGGCCUGUGGGGGUGAUGGCACGGUGGGCUGGAUUCUCUCCACCCUGGACCAGCUGCGCUUGAAGCCACCACCCCCUGUGGCCAUCCUACCUCUGGGUACUGGCAACGACUUGGCCCGUACCCUCAACUGGGGCGGGGGCUACACAGAUGAGCCCGUGUCAAAGAUCCUCUCGCAUGUGGAGGAGGGAAACGUAGUGCAGCUUGACCGCUGGGACCUGCGUGCCGAGCCCAGCCCCGAGGCGGGGCCCGAGGAGCGGGACGACGGUGCCACCGACCGGCUGCCCCUGGAUGUCUUCAACAACUACUUCAGUCUAGGCUUUGAUGCCCAUGUCACCCUGGAGUUUCACGAGUCUCGAGAGGCCAACCCGGAGAAAUUCAACAGCCGUUUUCGGAACAAGAUGUUCUAUGCCGGGACAGCCUUCUCCGACUUCUUGAUGGGCAGCUCCAAGGACUUGGCCAAGCAUAUCCGAGUGGUGUGUGAUGGGACGGACCUGACCCCCAAGAUUCAGGACCUGAAACCUCAGUGCAUCGUUUUCCUGAACAUCCCCCGGUACUGUGCAGGCACCAUGCCCUGGGGCCACCCCGGGGAGCACCAUGACUUUGAGCCCCAGCGGCACGAUGACGGCUACCUCGAGGUCAUUGGUUUCACCAUGACUUCCCUGGCAGCACUGCAGGUGGGUGGGCACGGCGAGCGGCUGACACAGUGCCGUGAGGUGGUGCUUACCACGUCCAAGGCAAUCCCCGUGCAGGUGGACGGCGAGCCCUGUAAGCUCGCAGCCUCCCGCAUCCGCAUCACCCUGCGCAACCAGGCCACCAUGGUGCAGAAGGCGAAGCGGCGGAGUGCUGCCCCGCUCCACAGCGACCAGCAGCCAGUGCCCGAGCAGCUGCGGAUCCAGGUGAGCAGAGUCAGCAUGCACGACUACGAGGCCCUGCAUUACGACAAGGAGCAGCUCAAGGAGGCUUCCGUGCCUCUGGGCACUGUGGUGGUCCCUGGGGACAGCGACCUUGAGCUCUGCCGCGCCCACAUUGAGAGGCUCCAACAGGAGCCCGAUGGUGCUGGAGCCAAGUCCCCAACAUGCCAGAAACUGUCCCCCAAGUGGUGCUUCCUAGAUGCAACCACUGCCAGCCGCUUCUACAGGAUCGACCGGGCCCAGGAACACCUCAACUACGUGACUGAAAUCGCACAGGACGAGAUUUAUAUCCUGGACCCUGAGCUCCUGGGGGCGUCGGCCCAGCCUGACCUCCCAACUCCCACCUCCCCUCUCCCCCCCUCCCCCUGCUCCCCCACACCCCGGUCACUGCUGGGGGAUGCUGUACCCCCUAAAGCUGCUGAGUGCCACAUGGCCACACUCACACAGGAGCCCAGCAGGCAAGCCUCGCAAUCUAAUCGUGCAUCGUUUGUAUGUUCACACACACACAAGCUCAGGCCUCCAGCCCCAGAGUGUAACAGGUGGGUGUUCUGUGCAGGUGAGGAGCUGAUUGAGGCUGCCAAGAGGAACGACUUCUGUAAGCUCCAAGAGCUGCACCGAGCCGGGGGCGACCUCAUGCACCGGGACGAGCGGAGCCGCACGCUCCUGCACCACGCGGUCAGCACCGGCAGCAAGGAGGUGGUCCGCUACCUGCUGGACCAUGCCCCCCCAGAGAUCCUUGAUGCUGUGGAGGAAAACGGGGAGACCUGUCUGCACCAGGCGGCAGCCCUGGGACAGCGCUCCAUCUGCCACUACAUCGUGGAGGCCGGCGCCUCACUCAUGAAGACAGACCAGCAGCCGGUGACGGGGCAGACAGGCCCUGAGCUGACCGCAGCCUCUCCCUCAUCCAGGGGGACACCCCCCGGCAGCGGGCUGAGAAGGCUCAGGACACGGAGCUGGCCGCCUACCUGGAGAACCGGCAGCACUAUCAGAUGAUCCAGCGGGAGGACCAGGAGACGGCUGUGUAGACGGGAGGCCCCCGGCGGGGCAGCAGGAGGGACAGCGCCUGCCUGAAGAUGAGCUCCUUCCUUGCCACCUCAUUGCCACAUUCCAGUCGGAUGGCCACGGGGGGACCCACGCCCAGGGAAGGAGCUCCGUGCUGCGCCCUGAGGAGCCGCCCACACCUAGGGCUGGACUCUGAGAACUAGGGGGUCUCACCUGUCCCCCCGCCACCCUCCGAGGCCCCAGCCUGACCAGGAGGCUCACGGAGGAACAGGAAACUGGGCUGGGCUGGGUUGGGCCAGCUUUUCCGGGGGCAGGGCCAAGCCAGGCCAGCCCUCAUCCCAGCGCAGCAGUUCACCUCUCUGGAGCUUCAAAGCCAGAAGAGGAAGGCCAGAGGGACUGUGAUGCCAAAUCGAGGAGGCUUCAGGAAGAAGCUUCCCAAGGCUUCUGGUCUUUGGGGCCGUGCCCUGAGGCUCUGGGAAGUCCAGACCCCUCUAUGGCCCUGACGCCAUCCUCCCCAGGGCUCCCUCCCCGAAACCCGAGGCCCACUGCACUUGCCUGCCCGCUGCCCUGCUUGGCACCUACCCCAGUGACCCUCCCCCCAUACCCGGUGGCUUCAUCCAGGAGCGUGUGGCCUGGGGUGGGUGGGGGUGGGGCUCACGGUGAUAUGUUUACAGCUGGGUGUGACUCAGUAAAGUGG